GGCGGCUGCGGUGGUGGCGGCGAAGGAGGCCGCGACCUGAGGAAACCUGGUGGCAGCAACGGCGGCGAGAGUGGACUUGGCCUCCAACCCAUGCUCAGGCCCCUCGGGGGUCCUCGGCGCUGAGCCUCGGCCCCGCGGAGGAAGACGGGGAGGGCGCCCCCCGGCGGCGGGAGGGCGGACCGACCCGGGGCGGAUGGGGGAGGCCGCGGCCUGAGGCCAGAGCCGGCCCGGCCCGCGCGGGGUCCCCCAGCGGGCCCGGGGGCCCGGCCCCAUCUCUAGGCCAGGCCCCCGCCCGCGGUCCGCAGCCCCCAGAAGAUGCAGCAGCCGCAGCGGCCCGGGCUGGCGCUUGGGCCCGGGGCCCGCCUGCCCCUGGGCGCCGCCCUGGCCAGCGCCAGCGUGGUGGUGAAGGCCCUGUGCGCCUCCGUGCUGCUCCUCUACCUGUUGUCCUUCGCGCUGGACACGGCUGUGGGCCUGGCCGUCACCCCCGGCUACCUCUUCCCGCCCAAUUUCUGGGUCUGGACCCUGGCCACGCACGGGCUGGUGGAGCUGCACAUGUGGGAUGUGGCCCUGAGCCUGGCCACGGUGGUGGCAGCCGGCCAGCUGCUGGAGCCACUCUGGGGGGCCCUGGAGCUGCUCGUGUUCUUCGCUGUGGUGAACGUGUCCGUGGGGCUGCUGGGUGCCUUCGCCUACCUCCUCACCUACAUGGCCUCCUUCAACCUGGCCUAUCUCUUCACCGUGCGCAUCCACGGGGUGCUGGGCUUCCUGGGCGGGGUCCUGGUGGCCCUCAAACAGACUAUGGGGGACAGCGUGGUGCUGAAGGUGCCCCAAGUGCGGAUGCGGGUGGUACCCAUGCUGCUGCUUGUCUCCCUGAUGUUGCUACGACUCACUCCUCUGGUGGACAGCAGUGCCCUGGCUUCCUAUGACUGCUUCCUCGCAGCCCCGCCCUUGACGUCCCAAAAUCCGGCCCCUUCGCUCUGGGCCUGGGACUCAGGGCAGUCCAAGGGCUGGAAGAAGGAAGCGCCGUUCUCACUGCCUCACACUGGGAGGCGGACUCCAAAUCCCAUCGUGCCUCGGGGCCGGGAGUCGCGGAGUGGCCCGCUCCUGUUACGCAGGCGCAGUGGUCUGUUUGUCGGCCCAGGAGGAGUCGGAGGCGGCUGCGGUGGUGGCGGCGAAGGAGGCCGCGACCUGAGGAAACCUGGUGGCAGCAACGGCGGCGAGAGUGGACUUGGCCUCCAACCCAUGCUCAGGCCCCUCGGGGGUCCUCGGCGCUGA